GGGCGGGGGAAGAUGGCGGCGUCCUCGCUGGAGCAGAAAUUAUCCCGCUUGGAGGCGAAGCUGAAACAGGAGAACCGGGAGGCCCGGAGGCGCAUCGACCUCAAUUUGGAGAUCAGCCCAGCCCGAGCGCGGCCUAUUAUUGUGAUCACUCUAAGCCCUGCUCCCGCUCCAUCCCAACGUGCAGCAUUGCAACUUCCCUUAGCCAACGAUGGCAGCAGCCGCUCCUCCUCACUGGAGAGCUCACCUCAGCAUCACGCCCAUCCAUCACGCCCCCGUAACAUGCUGGGUCUGCCUCAGCCACCCUUCCUCAUGCACAGAAGCAUGGAGAGUAUAGAGAUUGAUCAGAAGCUGCAGGAAAUUAUGAAGCAGACGGGUUAUUUGACCAUUGGAGGGCAGAGAUACCAAGCAGAAAUCAAUGACUUAGAAAACCUGGGUGAGAUUGGCAGUGGGACAUGCGGACAGGUGUGGAAAAUGCGCUUCAAGAAGACUGGGCAUAUCAUAGCAGUGAAGCAAAUGCGGCGUUCUGGUAAUAAAGAGGAGAAUAAGAGAAUCCUGAUGGACUUGGAUGUCGUUCUGAAGAGUCAUGACUGUCCCUACAUAGUUCAGUGCUUCGGGACUUUCAUCACAAAUACAGAUGUUUUUAUAGCCAUGGAACUAAUGGGCACGUGUGCUGAGAAGCUGAAAAAACGCAUUCAAGGACCUAUCCCUGAGAGGAUCUUGGGAAAGAUGACGGUGGCAAUUGUCAAGGCACUCUACUACCUGAAAGAAAAACAUGGUGUCAUCCACAGAGAUGUGAAACCUUCCAAUAUCUUGUUAGAUGAGAGGGGCCAAAUCAAACUCUGUGAUUUUGGUAUCAGUGGGAGACUGGUGGACUCAAAAGCCAAAACCCGGAGUGCUGGUUGUGCAGCAUAUAUGGCGCCUGAGAGAAUUGAUCCCCCUGAUCCUUCAAAACCAGAUUAUGAUAUCCGUGCAGAUGUGUGGAGUCUUGGUAUUUCUCUGGUUGAGCUGGCUACGGGUCAGUUCCCCUACAAGAAUUGUAAAACAGACUUUGAGGUUCUCACCAAGGUGUUACAAGAGGAUCCCCCACUUCUCCCAAACAACAUGGGGUUUUCUGUAGACUUUCAGUCCUUCGUUAAAGACUGCCUUACUAAAGAUCAUAGAAAGAGACCAAAGUACAACAAGCUACUUGAACACAACUUCAUCAAGCGUUACGAGACACUGGAAGUCGAUGUGGCAUCCUGGUUCAAAGAUGUCAUGGCCAAGACAGAGUCCCCCCGCACGAGCAACAUCCUCAGCCAGCACCACCUGCCAUUCUUCACCAGGUAGCCAUAUGGUGUGGCUCUCAUGCCAGAGGAGGUCUACUUGGCAGUUGGAGCUCACAAGGAGAGGCAGCAGAGAGCACCACACCACAACAGACACCUCCCCUCACCAGAGCAACUCUUCAGCGGCACAAACUCUUCACUUUGCCUGCUCAGUCACCCUUGUCUGUUUUGUCUCCUUCGUCAGUAUUGCACAGAAGAGAUGGGGGAGCUGUCUGGUCUACCUUGAAUGCAAGUGUAUUGCUUCCCCCUCUUUGCAUCUCAGUGCCAGACAGCCUAAGGAUACGAAGCUUUGGGCAAGAGAGCCUUUCUGUCUUUGUAUCUCCCUGUGAUGAACUGCCUGCCACAAGGAACUGCCAAUCAAGUGAGUGUGUGCUCCCUGCUUCUCUCUCCAUUGUGACUGGAGGCUCAAGGCCACACAACAGUGACUGUUGCUCAUGCACUGUGAACAGACAAAAACACACAAAAAUGAAAAAAAGUAAAGAAAAAGAUAUUUUUUUUACCACUUA